GUUUCCGUUGGGAACGAGGCCCCGCCUCUGAGUCUGGCCGACCAGAAUGGUCGCGUGUUCGACUUGGCCAAGCUCAAAGGGAAGAAGAGCGUGGUUCUUUAUUUUUAUCCCGCCGAUGACACUCCUGGAUGCACCAAGCAGGCAUGCUCGUUCCGUGACUCCUUUGAGGAAUUCCGGAAAUUAGGUGCUGAAGUUGUCGGAAUCAGCGGCGAUUCGCCCGAGUCGCACAAGCUGUUCGCCGAGAAGUACAGCCUACCCUUCACUCUAAUGUCUGACGAGGGCAACGCUGUGCGCAAGGAGUGGGGCGUCCCCAGUGAUUUGUUUGGGGUCCUUCCUGGGCGUCAAACCUAUGUGAUCGACAAGAAGGGCGUCGUGCAG